AUGAUACAACCUCCACCUAGCCUUGACUGUGCUUAUAACAUCCUUCUUAAUGAUGAAAAGCAGAGGCAAGUCCAGUCCAACUCUCAGUUCAAUCCUGAAUCCAUGUCCUUCAAUGUUAGUAUACAGAUUAAGCCUGGUUUUGGUUUCAAUCCUAGUGCCACUUCCAAUCCUCCUCCUCCCAGACCAUAUGCACCAAGAAUUAACUUUUAUCAGAAUAGAGCACCCCUGUUCUGUAAAUAUUACAAGAAAUCUGGACAUCUGGUUAAAAAAUAUUAUAAACUCCAUGGGUAUCCACAAAGUCCCAAGUUUAAUAAGGGUAAAAGGGCUAUCUCUCAUGUAUCUACUGCAACACAUACUAACUCUGAAUGCAGUGUUUUUAAAUCUGCUGGCACUUUAGAUGAGGGAAUCAAUGCUGCUUCUAAUGUUGAUGUUUCUGAUUCUAAUCUUUGCUUGCUUACUCAAAAUAAUUAUGUCACCUCGAUAAUAGAUUCAGAUGCUUCUGAUCACAUGACUUCUAAUAAAGAACUACUUUUUGAUAUUACACCUUUAACUAUUCCUUACCUUGUAACUCUUCCUAAUGGAUACAAAGUGAAAAUGCCUCUGGAUCUUGGUAAAGAGGAGGAUGGCCUGUACAAGUUCACUUGGGUGCAACCAUCAGAUUCUUCAAUUUUUUCUAGUUCAAAUUCAUGCAGCAUUGUUCCUAUAUGCCCUGUAGUUGAAUCUUGCAAAUCUAUUUUUCCUUCUGGUUCUAAGAAUGUUUCCAGUUAUCCUUUUGCUAAAAAGGGAUACAAGCUAUACAACUUAGCCUCUAAGAAGUGUUUUGUCUUUAGGGAUGUCAUUUUUCAUGAAACAUAUUUCCCUUUUGUUGCUCCUACUUCUUUCGUUCCUUCAUCAUUCCUAUCUUUUCUAUCUUCUCAUGUCCUUUAUCAAGACCCUAUGCCUUCUCUUCCUCAUGUUCCUCCUCCUUCUCCUUUUUCUCCUGAUCUUUCUUCCUUUUCUGGUUCUUCCUCUUUACCACCCGUGGAAACUGAACCUUUCGGCUACUCUCAAGCUGCCUCAGUUCCAGCCUGGCAGGAUGCCAUGAGAAAGAAAUUUGAUGCCUUGGAUGCUAAUCACACUUGGGACAUUGUCUACAAAAUCAAGUACAAAGCUGAUGAGAGUGUGGAGAGGUACAAGGCUAGACUUGUCAUUAGGGGGGAUACUCAUGUUGAGGGAGUUGACUUCACCGAAACUUUUUCUCCUGUCAUCAAAAUGUCUACUGUUAAAUGCUUAGUAGUUGUGGUUAUCAAGCAUAGUUGGUCUCUUUCCCAUUUAGAUGUCAAUAAUGCUUUCAUUCAUGGAGAUCUAGAUGAGGAGGUCUACAUAAAGUUACCCCAGGGUUUGACUAUUUUUGCUCUCUCUGGUUCUGCCCCUCUUGUGUGCAAAUUGAGGAAAUCUCUUUAUGGGUUAAGAAAGGUAUCAAGGCAGUGGUAUGCCAAGCUCUCUCAAGCUCUCUAUUCCAGGGGAUAUACUUACUCACUCAAUGACUAUUCCUUGUUCAUCAAAGGUGCUCCUGGCAACUUGGUCCUAUUAGCAGUUUAUGUGGAUGACAUUAUCAUUACUGGGGAUGACAUUGCUGAAAUUUCUGCCUUAACGCAGUUUUUGGAUGCUCAGUUUAAAAUAAAGGACUUGGGCUCCUUACACUACUUCUUGGGUAUUGAGGUUUCUUCUAUCCCUGGUGGGGUUAUUCUAAAUCAGAAGAAGUUUGUUACUGACCUACUUCAGCAAUUUGACUGUAAUGUUGUGUCCCCUGUUGUAUGCCCCUUAGAGCUCAACUGUAAGUUGCAUGCAGAUACUGGUGAUUUAUUACAUUUCCUUGAUCAGUAUAGGAGUUUGGUGGGCAAGCUUAUUUUUCUUACACAUACACGUUCUGAUAUAUGUUUUGUUGUACAACAUUUGAGUCAAUUCUUGAAGAGUCCUAGAGUUCCACACAUGACUGCCGCUCUCCAUGUCUUGAGAUAUCUCAAAGGGACUGUGGAUUUAGGACUGUUUUACUCAUCUUCUCCUGACUUUUCUAUCUAUGCAUGCAUAUUCAGAUAG